AGCGUGAGCGCGCCCCUCGCGCCCUCGCACCAACCCCCAAACCGACUUGUGCCGUCAACUGAAUCUUCCCAGCCCGGUGUGGGGACACGGGCCAAGUCCUCGCUGUGUGUGGCGUGCCGAUGACAGCCGCGGGGCUUCUUUCCCCAAGCAGUCUCGGGCGGGCAGGAGGCAAAGUUUGUCGGAGAAUCGGGGUGACUUUGCUCGGGGACCCGCAUCUGCGCGAAUGCGCGGUGCCGCGGAGCGCGUCUCGCAGCAGCUCCGGGCUGGGAACCGGCUAUCCCUCGCUCCCGGAACCCCUUCAGGGGUGUGUUCUAGAAAAGUGGUGACUUGAACUAGAGCUGGAGCGGCAGGAGGGAGCUGCUCGCACCCCUGCAGCCCAGGCGGGGAGGGCGCAGACCCCGCGGUGCUGCCCUGCGGCCGCGAUGAGGGAACAGCCCUCGUUUGCCUGGCGCUGAUACUCGAGGCUGUGGCGGUAGUGGAAUGUGAAAGCCAGGACGGAAUGGAAACAGGGCCAGAAGAUCUCUUAAGGAUGCCUGAGGCAAGUUCUCCCAGGCGAACUCCCCAGAAUGUUCCCUACCAGGACCUGCCUCACCUGGUCAACGCAGACGGACAGUACCUCUUUUGUAGGUACUGGAAGCCCACUGGCACACCCAAGGCCCUCAUCUUUGUGUCCCAUGGCGCUGGGGAGCACUGCGGCCGUUAUGAUGAGCUGGCUCAGAUGCUAAAGGGGCUGGACAUGAUGGUAUUUGCCCAUGACCAUGUUGGCCAUGGGCAGAGUGAAGGAGAGAGGAUGGUGGUAUCGGACUUCCAGGUUUUUGUAAGAGAUGUACUGCAGCAUGUGGACACCAUUCAGAAGGACUACCCUGAGGUCCCUGUCUUCCUCCUGGGCCACUCCAUGGGCGGUGCCAUCUCCAUCCUCGCAGCUGCGGAGAGACCAACCCACUUCUCUGGCAUGGUCCUGAUCUCACCUCUGGUUCUUGCCAAUCCGGAAUCUGCAUCGACUUUCAAGGACAACUUGAAGGUCAUGAAGACCACUAUUGAAAAGGCAACUGAAGUGACGAUGGCUUGGAUACCAUAUGCAUUCCAACUGUGGGUCCUUGCUGCCAAAGUGCUCAACCUUGUCCUGCCAAACAUGUCCUUGGGGCGCAUCGACUCCAGCGUGCUGUCUCGGAACAAGUCGGAGGUGGACAUAUACGACUCCGACCCACUCAUCUGCCGCGCGGGGGUGAAGGUGUGCUUUGGCAUACAGCUGCUGAACGCCGUUUCGAGGGUAGAGCGUGCGAUGCCCAAGCUGACGCUGCCAUUCCUGCUGCUGCAGGGCUCUGCUGACCGACUGUGUGACAGCAAAGGUGCCUACCUGCUCAUGGAAUCAUCCCGGAGUCAGGACAAGACACUCAAGAUGUAUGAAGGUGCCUACCACGUUCUCCACAAGGAGCUUCCAGAAGUGACCAAGUCCGUCCUCCAUGAAAUAAAUAUGUGGGUCUCUCACAGGACAGCAACAACAGGAGCUGGGUGCCCACCCUGAAUGCACUAGCCAGGCAACCAGCUCAUGGUCUGGGGGAAGCAGGCAGAGGAAGGGCAGUGCUGACUGGCUUGAAAAAAACAAUUGGAGGGAACCCUAGUGCAAUUUACUCUGAAGAAAAAAAAGAUAAUUUGUCAUAUAUAAGGCUAUUGGCCACUGACUCUACCACCCUUGGAGGAAGGCACUUUAUGAAAGAGGAAGUAUAUUUUCCACACACAGACUGUGUUGGAAUAUCCUUUGAUUAAAAAAUUCAGCCUCUGCCCACCUCUCCCAGCUCCCGUGGGGUUCAGGGACUCUCACAGUCCCAUGUCCCAGUCUGCAAUAAUCAGAGGUCUCUUUCCUCCUGUCCAAGCCUUCUCUGACUGGCUGUUCUCUGGCAUGUGAUGAGGUGGCCUGUGUCCCCAGAGCUAGCUCCUUAGUAGGCUCAUGUGCCCAUCCGAGUCGCUGCCUCAAAAUGGGCAGCCACCCUAUGACCUGGUCAGCAGCUUCUCAGAUGGAAGCCAGGCUGUGGGGAGGGAGGGUGGCCCAGAAGCUCUUCUCCCCACACAGCCCUUCCCCCCUACUGGGAGUUUGGUUACCCAGAGCAUGUUGUAUGCAUUGAGAAAGGCCCUUUUUCUCAGGUUACUAAGUACUCCGUGCUGAGGAGGGUGACUUUGAAGAUAAGUGUUUAAUAUAUAUGGUAUAUUCUAAAGACUAUAUGGGUGGGGUGGGUGGGUGUAGCCUAAACAGCUUUGAAAGAACUGGUACCCACAGGGCCAGUCUGCUGAAGGUCCCAGUCCCCUAACUGAGGAAAAAAAACAGAAUGGAGGACUGUGGCCUGGUCCCUGUGUGCAGUCACCAGGAGUGGCUUGCCUUAGCGCAGCUACCUCUGGUGGCAAGGGAGACUCUCAUGAAGCCAUGGUGCUGCCCAGGGCAGCCAGAGCACUCAGUGGCCACCCGCAGACAAGGACCACAGCUGUCUGUACCCCAUCACAGGCUGCAGCAGGAUGGCCCAGCCAGGCCUCAUAGAGGCUGCCCUGGAGCAGUGACGUCCAAGCCCCCUGUCCUCUCAGGUGCCCGCCCAGAGGCCUGCCCAGGCCUCACUUAGUGCCAGCAAUAACUGGGGCUCACUGCCCCCUUGAGCACUUUCAUCUUUACAGAGGGGCUUGCUGUUACCUCAGGAGUCUUGUUAGUGCACAUAGGACCCUGGGAAGGGGUGCUCCUGCCAGGGACAACUGCUUGCCUGCAGGGAGGGGUGAGUAGACCCUUGAUCCUCCAGGAAGCUGCAAUUCAGGGCCCUAUUGUCUUGAAAGAGGCACCUGUCAACCUAGGCCCUGUCAUUUCUGGAGUUUAUUCUAAGUCCUUGGGCUCUGCCCUCUCUGGUGGCCCUGACCAUGCAUGGCAGUCAGAAGCAGGCCACUACUACAGGCCAUAGGACACUGUGUCCCUCAGCAGGGCCAAGCACUGCAUGCAGGGAAGGCAGUGUCCAGGAGCUGUCCAGAGCCCUCUCUUAGUUCUGUGUCUCUUUAGAAAAUAAGGACAAAGUAUGCUAAGAGGGGCAGUCAGCACCCCCAGCUGCUCAGGGAGCCCUGGACAGCAGCAGACAGGCAUGGGAUGUUUCUGUUCUCCAUGAAAAACAAAAGACCCCAAUUCCAGACUACUGUGCUUCAGGGCCCAGAUCCGUGAUUCUUCCCAGGAGCUACCCAGGCUGCUCCCAGAAGCACAUGCUGACAGUGCCACUUUGCAGACCACAUGCUCAUCCCUGGGCUGGUGGCUUUCAUGCAAGACUUCAUUUAUAGAGAUGCAUGAGCAUCUGGUUAAAGAAUAGAUAACACUAAAAGAGGGAAGUGACCUGAAAUUGGGACUCUCUUGUGAAACCUGGAACAGGGGACAGGGACAUAAAUGCAUCAUGUCCUACAUGACAAGAUCUGUCUGUAGAGGCCUGGGCCAGCCUUGUGCAGACUCUGCCCUUGGCACUGGAGGAAGCCUGACAAGCUGGGCCUCAUAGUCACCCCAUCACCAGGAUGCAGAGGGAUUGGGGUGUGGGAGGAAUGCUAAUAAGGUAGGAGCCAGCAAGGGGCCAUGAGAGCCCUGCCCAGGUGAAGGGGAGGGGAGCCAGACCCAAGCGCCUGUAACAACACAGCACCUUCUCCAACAAGGAUGGACUUAGUGCCUGAAAAGCUAGUUAGGAAAGGGCGCCACCUGCGGGUAGUAGGGCGUCUCAACCACUAAGCACCAGUUCCUUGGUAGUGAUAGGGAAACAGCCUCCCUCCACCAUGGCCCCCUCAGCUUCUGGGUGUUCUGGGACCAUCAUGAGAGCAGUUGGGGUGCUCUGAUACCACAGGGCUCUGCUCAGGUCCCACCCCAGGCCACCUCACACUUCCCUUUCUCUUCUGAUUGCUAAUGUAACUUUCUAGGGAUCACAGUGGCUCACUGGUCUGUUACUGUCACCGCGCGUGCUCCCCGUGUGUACUCUUAGUGGGGAACCUGCACCGGCUUAGAACUAAAGAAACCGAUGUGCACUACAGCUCACCAUAAUAAACCACGUGCUUUUGGAGA